AUGAGACCAUCUGUGGCACAUACCAAUUUCAUCGAAUUUGAUAAAGAAACAAAACGACAAAUGACAUUGGAAUCAUUUUCCGUCGAUGACGACUUAAUGCUUUAUAUAGAAUCUAAUCGAGUGAACGAUUUAUAUUUUGCAAGUAUUUAUGGUGUGAAUUUAUCUGAAAGUAAGAGUACAACGCGAUUAUUCGAUACAAAUUUUGUAGCUAAUAUAAAUGUUUUAAAAAAAAAUACUAUAAAAGAGUUAUUGUUGAGGAAAUUACCAAAAUUUGAUGAAGUAAGAAUUCCGAAAAAAUAUUCGUUAAAAGGCGACAAUACGUCUGCCGAUGAAAUAAAUCCAGGAAUUGUGCAAUCUUCGUUGGUAAACACCACUUUAAAUUAUAAUUCCAAAGGACAAUUAUUAUCAAUUGUGGAUGAAAUUGAAACAAAAUUAAUAAAACCAACAAUAAAAUCCAAGAAUGAUAAAAAUUUUGUUGUUCAAUCGAACAGUGAUAAGGAUAAUGUUGACGAUAAUUCAGAAAUAUUUAACACUUAUUCACUUCCUAAGAAUAUUAAUCCAACAAAUCCGAUGGAUUUAAUGAUUAAAUCAAAUAUUUCUGGAAAAAUUAAACAAAAUAUCGAUGAUAUCGAUGAAACUGAUAAUCAUUUAUUGUUACAUCACGAUAAUAGUGAAAUAGAAGAAGAAGAAGUGGAGAGAAUGGGUAAUCUCAUAAAUGACAAGACUAACGAGAAAGUAAGUGAAGAGCCAUUUUGGAAAAGUAUUGAAAGCAGUGAAAUUAUACCGUCCGAGGACGACGAUGAAAGAAGAAUUGAUGAUGGAAAAAUUGUCUUUCAUCUUCCACAACGUAUUUUUGAUAAUAAAAAUUAUUCGAAAGAAAUUGCUUCAAUAAAUUUGUCUAAACCAAUAAUAGUGAAAAAUGAAAAAGCAAGUGUCGCGUCCAAUGCAUUUAUUUCAAUUUAUUUCAUGAUAAUGAUAAUUAGCUCAAUUAUUAUUGAUUAUUGCGUGUAA